AAUAAGGGAUAACCGUUAUGACGCUAGUGACGAUAACGGUAAAGGUGAUGGAAGUUGUAUAAUAAGAUAGUGGUUCUAGCGGUAAAUCGAAAGAUAAAGAUGAGAAAGCUGUAACAUAAGAAUACGAAGUCUAACAGUUCGCAACAAUGUCCAAGGUUAUCUCCUUCAAUGAUCGCCUUUUAUUAGGCAAAGAGUUGUUGAAGUAUGCCAAGAAUGUCAAUACCAACUUUUCAGAAAUAGCAGUUAAGGAGCUUGAGUUACUUUACAUUAAUGAAAAUUUUAAAGUUCAUUUGUCACAUACUCAGCUUGGUGUAACUACAUUACCUCCCUUUGUUCGUGUUUUACAACCCUUAGAAACCACUCAUAAAGUACAAGUAAGAAGAGGUGUUGUGAUGGUAGCUGUAAGAGGUGGGCGAGGUAGAAGUGCUGGAGAAACUAAGGGUCCACCUGCUGGUACUGAUAAAAUUAAAGAAAAUGGAGCAAGUAGGCCUAAUCACAGGGAACACCAAAAUGGCGCAAUGGGUUUUGUAUCGACUGACAAUGUCCAACACAGUAGACAAAGAAAACGCUCAAGAGGACGUCGUCGCAAUCCUGCAACAAAGCUUGCUGUCGAUCAACAUUUAAUGAUAAACAAACCUCCUGGGGAAGCUGAAGCGACGGGUGCAGGUACUGAAAAACUGCCCAAAUUCAUACAUGUCAUGGGGAAUUUGUUUAAUUGUGUUGCUUGUGGUGUGUCUUGCACAUCCAGGAAUGAAAUGGAAAAACACAUCACUGGACGACGUCAUCGAGUAGCCGAAGUUAUGCAUGGAUUAAGAAAUAGAAGAGAAGAGUUGGUACAAGAAAAACAAGGAGUAGUUAUCAAGUCAAACUAUGAUCUUGAAGAUGGUAUUGUCGAAGUUUCUGUCGCUGAAAAUGAAGUUAAAAGUAUUAAAGUCAAUAUAAAAAAUACCCACCCUAGUCAAUCAGUAGAAUUGAUACAGUGUGAGAUGCUCAAACGAAUUCGAAUAUUUCAACUAGAUGAUGCACAAAAAAUAACAGAAGGAAGGACAGCCAGUGUUGUUUUAACACCAGGAAGCAGCUAUUGUGUUUUGAUUAGAACUCAAGCAAGAAAUGUUGGAAGUUUUCACACACCCUUAGCUUUCCAUUUCCAAACUAUCAGUCCGGCACCAUUUGGCUUUCAUAUUGUACGCUAUUUACAUGCUCGAUGCCAAAAUAAAACCAUUGAAAAUAUGAAACCAACCCAAAAAUACAAGAGACCACCUAGGAAAGCACUGAAAAAGCCAGCUAAUCAAAUUGUUGACGGCUUCAAGUUACCCAGUACGGUUGGUAAUUUCUUAGAAAGAGAAUUGGACUUAAAGACCUAUUACAUUCCUGAUUCAUUACGACACAUCAUUAACCGAGGUCUCACCAAUACUAAAGGUUUAAAAACAUCAGAGAAAAUAGAAACUACAGCUUUAAGAACUAUGCUUGAAGGAGAUUUCUCCAUAUCAACAUAUCAGAAACGAAUGGAUGUGUUAAUGCAUUGUGAAGAAAUACAGAUGGAGGUUGAUAUUAGACAAUAUGACAUGGAGGCAGCUACAUUAUCACCAUGUGUAGAAAAUAGCAGAUUACUUGUAUUAAAAGUACCUGGUUUAGCUGAAAAUCGUCCUUCAGUUUUACGCGGUGAUUGGUUAUUUGUACGUGUGGCUGAUACCGAUGAUAAGGAAUAUAAAGGUUAUGUUCAUGAAGUUUGUCUUAAUGAGGUCAGAUUAGGAUUUCAUAAAAGUUUGUCAGAAAUAGUUCGACCUGACACAAAGUUUCAUGUACGUUUUGUAUUUAGUCGUUUACCGAUGUGCCUUCAACAUCGGGCCUGUGAACUAGUAAAUAAAAAAACGAGCUUAUAUAAACCGUUAUUAUUUCCUACUCUACAGGAUGUUGGUACUAGUCCUCUAACACAACCUGUUAAUACACCAUUAAGGUUUUACAGCAAGAUCCCUGUUAAUCCAGAGCAAGAACGUGCCAUUAGACAUAUUGUAGCUGGAACCUCGAGACCAGCUCCAUACCUUGUAUUCGGUCCUCCAGGAACUGGGAAAACUUUCACAAUCGUUGAAGCCAUGAAACAGGUUUUAACAUGUGAUCCUGGUGCUCAUGUUUUGGCCUGUACACCAUCUAAUAACGCAGCAGAUCUACUUACAGAAAGAUUAUUAGAUAAUAGAGAAAUACUAGGGAAUAUAAUCAGAUUGAAUGCUGUAUCUCGUAGUUGGAGAAGUAUUCCUGAUAAAGUUAAGAAUGUAAGUAAUUAUGAUAAGAAGACUAAUAGUUAUUAUUAUCCAUGUAAGAAAGAUUUAAAGGAGUAUAGAGUUAUUGUAUGUACUGUUAUAACAGCUGGCAGAUUAGCAUCAGCCAAGUUUCCUGUUGGUCAUUUUACACAUGUGUUUAUAGAUGAAGCUGGUCAUGCUAUAGAACCUGAAUCUAUGAUAGCAGUAACUAAUAUUUUAGAUAUUACAACAGGACAAUUAGUUCUAGCUGGUGAUCAAAAACAACUUGGUCCAAUACUUAGAUCUCCUUUUGCUAUAAAAUACGGUCUUGGAAUGUCAUUAUUGGAGCGUUAUAUGACAGACUGUGGGAUUUACAGCAAAAUACUGGAGAAAGAUGGCAUCUGCCGAUAUAAUCCAAACGUCUUGACUAAGCUGGUGAAAAAUUAUCGAUCACAUCGAGCUAUCUUACAUCAACCUAACAUUUUAUUUUAUGAUGGAGAGUUACAAACCUAUGCCGACCCAAAAGUAGCCAAUGAAAUGUGUGGUUGGGAAUGUUUGCCCAAUAAGAAUUUCCCAAUUAUAUUCCACUCUGUUUAUGGGGAAGAAUUACGAGAAGAGAGAAGUCCAUCGUUUUUCAACCCAGAAGAAGCUUAUUUAGUUUUACAAUAUGUCAAAGACCUAAAGAAACUUAAAGGGUCAGCGAAACUGGAAGAUAAAGAUAUUGGAAUUAUUUCCCCUUAUCAGAAACAGGUUCGAAAGAUACAGAGGAUGAUGUCAACAAAUGGAUGGAAGAACAUCCGCGUUGGUUCUGUGGAGGAAUUUCAAGGUCAAGAGAGGAAAGUGAUAAUCGUGUCUACUGUAAGAAGUAGUCCGGAGUUCCUGUCUUUAGACAUUAACUUUAAACUCGGAUUUUUACGUAAUCCAAAGAGAUUUAAUGUAACGGUGACUAGAGCUAAAGCUUUGUUGAUUAUUGUUGGUAAUCCUAAUAUACUAACACUAGAUGAUACAUGGAGCAGCUUUAUAGAUUACAUAAAAGAAAAUGGUGGCUUAGCUGGCACUGAACAACUGGAUGAUCAAGAUGAUAUGUUAGAAGACAUUAUCCAGCGAUUAAACACUGUUCAACUCACAGACAUAGAUAUAGAAACCGCUAGUCAUUUUAAUGAUCAGUCAUGGAGACAAGAUAUAUAGAAACCAUAGCAAUCCCAUAACAACAAAGGGGGACAACUCUAAUUUUAAUAUCCUGUGCAAUCCUGUGAUAAUUUUAUGCACUGUAUAUAAUCAUAUCAUAAUAUACAGAAAUCAGUUAUAUUUUAUAACAUUUUUAUACGCCCACAUUUUCAUGUGGACGUAUUAUGCCGUCGCCCCUGUCUGUCCGGACUUCCACAAUUUGUUUGUGGACACUCUACAGGUCACAAUUCUUAUCCGAUUUUGACGAAACUUGAAAUAUAGGUUUAUCUCCAAAAGAUCUUGGUUCCUUUCGAUAUUGGCAUGUAUCGGAUCGAAACUUCAUGGAUUAUGGCCCCUGUUUGUACGAUAAAUCACGUUUUUAGCUUGUGAACACUAUAGAGGUCACAAUUUUUAUCAGAUUUUGUUGAAACUUGAAAUCUAAGUUGAUAAUCCAAAGAUCUCGGUUCCUUUCGAUAUUCGCGCAUAUCGGACCGUAACUUCCUGAAUUAUGGCCCCUGAUUGUACCAAAAAUCGUGUUUUUAGCUUGUGGACCCUAUAGAGGUCAUAAUUUUUAUCCGAUUUAAAAAACCGUUCAAGUAUAUCACCGUUACACCCUAAGGAUGGCUGUAUACGAAUUUCGUGAAAAUCGGCCCGAAAUUGACAGACAAAAUGGCCGCCGUUCGUUCUCAAAUAGCGUAAAAAUAUGGUAUAUAAAUGUUGUGGACACUAUAGAGGUCGCAAUUUUUAUCCAAUUUUGUUGAAACUUGAAAUCUAAGUUGAUAAUCCAAAGAUCACGGUUCCUUUCGAUAUUCGUGCACAUCGGACCGUAACUUCUUGAAUUAUGGCCCCUGAUUGUACCAAAAAUCGUGUUUUUAGCUUGUGGACCCUAUAGAGGUCAUAAUUUUUAUCCGAUUUAAAAAAACGUUCAAUUAUAUCACCGUUACACCCUAAGGAUGGCUGAGGAUGAAUUUCGUGAAAAUUGGCCCGAAAUUGACAGACAAAAUGGCCGCCGUUCGUUCUCAAAUAGCGUAAAAAUAUGGUAUAUCAAUGUCAAUUGUUAUCCGAUUUUGUUGAAACUUGAAAUCUAAGUUGAUAAUCCAAAGAUCUCGGUUCCUUUCGAUAUUCGCGCAUAUCGGACCGUAACUUCCUGAAUUAUGGCCCCUGAUUGUACCAAAAAUCGCGUUUUUAGCUUGUUGACCCUAUAGAGGUCAUAAUUUUUAUCCGAUUUAAAAAAACAUAUUAUAUCACCGUUACACCCUAAGGAUGGCUGAGUUCGAAUUUCGUGAAAAUCGGCCCAAAAUUGACAGACAAAAUGGCCACCGUUCGUUAUCAAAUAGCGUAAAAGUAUGGUAUACCAAGGUUGUGGACACUAUAGAGAUCACAAUUUUUAUCUGAUUUUGUUGAAACUUGCAAUGUAAGUUUAUAACCCAAAGAUCUUGGUUCCUUUCGAUAUUCGCGCAUAUCGGACCGUAACUUCCUCAA